UUGCAUUCUGUGCGUGGCGCGAAGCCUCGCUGACGGCGGCGGCGGAGGUGGUGGUGGCGGUCAGUUUACCUGCAGGGGAGGUGGACAAGGUACUGUCGGUAAUAAAUCUGCGGUGUUAACUCUGGACUGCUUUGUGGCCUACAGGAAUAGCUAAGGAACAAGUGGUGGGGUGGGAAUAGUCAUGAGGCAGCGUAUGAUGCUCCCAGUAGUGACGGGCACUGCCUGGCGGUGUCGGGGCCUGCAGGUCUGCCAUUACCAAGGGUCAGCGGGGAUCGUGAAGAGAAGGAUCAGCGGGCGAGGGGCGGCGGCAGCCCGGCCAUGGCCCGCACGGCAGAGUGAGCAGCUCCCGGCGGGGGUCUGGCUCAGAGUGGAGAGCGCACGCGCCCAUGAAAUCCAUACCUGUGACGUCACGGCGGAGGCUGGAAAAAGAAUGUCCACUCGCUGGUGAAAAUUUCAUUUUUAUUCAAAUUUUCCAAGAGCAAAUAUGCUUCAAUGAGAUGUUGAUGGGAGAGGCCAGUGAAGGAGGCGAGGGCCAUGAAGGGCCUCAUCAGCGGGCGACACUUCUGUGACACCAGCAGGAGAUCUUUGGCAAAAACGAGCAAUCUGGCAUCUCCCAAAGUGACGUCACGCCCAAUGGCCGGUACAGGUGGUCUGAUAGAUAGACAAAUACAAUAAACAUUGGUGCGUUAGCUUCAUUUUCCUUGCAAACGUGGAAGUGAGUGGAGCGCAAGUGGUGGUUGCCGGCACACAGUACAGAGUGGAAGGCGAGUCGCUCCUCAGACAGUGAACGGCACAGGUCUCUCCAGGUGGAUCUGAUGCGACAAAGAUUUAAGCGUUUAUCUAAAUCACUUUUUUGUCAUUCUAACAUUUUACCGCAAUCACAGUAGCGAUCGAGGAACCACUCGGAAACAAGGCCCGAACCCGCGGCCGCCGAAAUACACCGUCGGAAAGUAGCGACAUGAACUUCGGUAGGAAAGUUGCCAACAAAAUGCCGGUGGUGUGAGGCGCGGCGGCUGUCUGCCAUGUUGUGCCCGCCAGUGCCAGGCCGAGGAGCAAGUGAAAACCCAGCCGCCCCUUCCGCCGCCCGCCCCCAAUUGCCCGCUCUUCGCCGCCUCCUGCAGGGCCUCCAGCAGCGAUCAUCCCCUUCAAGAGCGCCGCAAGUCCUGCCUCCUUCAGCUCCGCCACCCGCGUCGUGUCUUCACCAAGAGAAAAACUAAUCUGACAGUAAGGGGAUCUGGGAGGCGCUGAACCCUGCACAUCUCAGUCGCUGGCUGAGCCCCGCGCCAGGGACAGCCCGGCCGAAGAGGUAAAGGAGAUAGAGAGGAUUUCUUCCCUGGAAAAUUGCGGAUCAAAGUGGCGGCCGAGACAUGAAGUUAAUAGCCAGAGUGGUCUAUUCGUAUCUCCUGCCUCCGGGAAUUGCCGUCGGUUAGAAAAUAAAGGGACAUCGUUGUCGCCGCACGAAGGAUAGCAAUAAUAUGCCGUGUUCUUGAGAUUGAGUGAGCCGGGCGUCGCCAUACUCACUGUACAGUCCCACCCCGUGUUAGAUUGUUUACCUGCUGUUACCGUGUGAGGCGACUCGUGGCGACAGUAACUGGAAAUAUUAAACAUUCUGUCAUUUAUGAGAAACUCGGUAGCGUAGUCCGCCCCGCCCGUCGUCCGCUCGGCCUAGCGACACGCCCGCCGCGCCGCCGCGACCCUCCCCGUCCCACAGGUCGCCGCCGCAGCUUUUACCGCGGAAGAGACACUACCAAGGCCCAGCACCAUGUAUUCACCGGACAAGAUGAUCAGUUCUAAGCCCCUGGGGGCUCCUAUUUCCAGCAACGGACCGGCGGCGUUCACCGGCCGCUACAGCCCCACCUACCGCUCACCGGACCCCAUGCGGCGAUGUAUGAACAACGCACCUGUCUCCUUCUCAUCGGUCCUCCUGCCGUACCAGAAGGGCGUCUACACCAACUCCUUCCACGACUCCCACCCGCGCCCCCUCCACGAGGAGGACUACAAACCACUUCCGUUGGCGCCUCAGACUCAACUCUUCGGGGCUGGCCUGGACGAUGGCCUGCUAACACGUGCAGAGGCCUUAGCUGCCGUGGACAUCUCAAAGCACGGCCAUGGCCAGCCUCCCGGGGCCAUCCCACAGCUCAAACACGACAUGAUGUAUCACCCCGGCAUGGCCACCACCCCCCACACACCGCCCAUCUCCAGGACCAACCAGGUGGGUUCCGGCGAGGAAGCUGGGGCGGGCGGAGGCGGGGGUGGAUGGUCGCACAAGGCGGGUCUCUGGAAGAUGGGCCACCACAGCAUGGACGGCUUGGAGAUGCUAGACCCGAUCUCCUCCUCGUCUAUGACCACGCUAACCCCGAUGAGUGACGGCGGCUCCAUGCACCAGCUACACGGCGCCGUCUACACCCACAGUCCCAUGAACUCCAUGAUGCCGCAUCCAGGCCUCACGCAUCCCCAUAUGCCUCUCGGCAUGCACGACACGGACACGGACCCCAGGGAGUUGGAGGCCUUCGCUGAGCGGUUUAAGCAGCGGCGCAUCAAGCUCGGGGUGACCCAGGCUGAUGUGGGCAAGGCGCUGGCUAACCUCAAGCUGCCGGGCGUCGGGGCACUCUCCCAGUCCACCAUCUGCAGAUUCGAAUCACUGACGCUGUCCCACAACAACAUGAUCGCCCUGAAGCCAGUGCUGCAGGCGUGGCUGGAGGAAGCCGAGGCGCAGGCAAAGAACAAGAGGCGGGAUCCUGAGGCGCCUUCUGUCCUGCCCAUGGGCGAGGUAGAUGAUAAGCGUAAGCGAACGUCUAUCGCAGCGCCGGAGAAGAGGUCACUGGAAGCGUACUUCGCCGUGCAGCCACGACCCUCGGGGGAGAAGAUCGCAGCCAUCGCCGAGAAGCUGGACCUCAAAAAGAACGUGGUGCGGGUGUGGUUCUGCAAUCAGCGGCAGAAGCAGAAGAGAUGAAGUUCGCGGCCUCCCAGAAGCAGAUGACCGGGGCCAACGUGCACACCUCGAUGGGCACCAUGAUGACGUCCCCUAUGCCGCCGCACACGCCGGUCCCGUAGUGGAUGGCCUCCCCUGGUGCCAGACCAGCCCUGGACUUGCCCGCCCGCUCCGCCCACCACCAGCAGCAGCACCACCACCAGCAGCAGCAAGCUAACCGCCCUUCGCCAAACUCCACAGCCAACGCCGCGCCCUGCCCACCCACACCCCGCCCACUUUGGACGGACCAGGGUGAUGCAGGUGACCGCUGGAUGGCACCGGGGCCAUCGUGGGCUUACAGUUACGCCUACGCUGCUGCUCACGCCCACCAGGCGACACGCCAGCUGACACAGUGACACCACAGUGCUCAGUAGCUGGACGCUCACCAAGGGCCUUGAAGUACAGACGGGUGGCAACGUCUGUGCGAUGGUGGGUGGAAAACGGAGCGAUAAGCGAGCCAAGGCGCCUCAGAGGCGCAGCAUAGACGCUGCGCCCAUGGCGUCGUCCAAGGCAUCAGGGGACGGCCAGUGUGAAGCUCCAACGAUGGUGGAGAAGGUGAAGAGCGCCAUGUAUCCCCACGCGACGUGGGCGAGAAAGGCGUCAUGGACUGGUACGGCCAGCGCUCAGGGUUGAUAGAAACGUUCUCACACUGGUCCGAAGAGAAAACAAACCACGAUGUGAUUUUUUAAACCUUUUGAAGGCAUGACUGUGAAGUCCAUGAAUGUCAGGACAAAUUGUACAAAAUUAGAGUAAGUCUCCCUAUUUACAGCAUACAAUGAGUACGGCUACAUGCCCCAUCCGGUGAUACCUGGUGAAACACGGCGUCGCUGGUCCGGCCGCGGGGCGUCCCAGCCCGCCGGGCCAACACGAUAUGGACCUUCUGUCGCACGGCAACUAGGCUUACUUUCCAAUGUUUCCACGGUACGAAUGACGAGUAGGUCUUAUAUGUACCUUGUAAGGAUUCUGAGAAAACUUUUUUCUUUUAACCAAAGAAGUGUAAAUAUAAUAUAUUAACGGUACCAACUUUACUGUCACGGGACGGUAAAGGACCCUGCACUUCCACGUGCAUCAGAGCUCAAGGAUUUUGUGAACUAGUCGUAGGUAGUCGUAGCUCUCCUUUAUUGUUUAUUUUCCGUCACGUGUUGCCCGCCGUCGGUCGCUGUUGCAGGAUCCGCGUCGAGCCCCUCGUCGUCAACCUCGUCGUUGUCCUUCGCCGCCACCACCACUGCCGCUGCCGCAUUUCUCGGACGAACACCUUUUAGGAACGUCUAAGAUUUUAGAAAGAUUUUGGUCUUCAGGUCGAGGCAAACAGAGCCGAUCUCAAUCCUGAUUGGCCAAUCUUGCUGCAUGACGACACUGCUCCCGCUGGCUUACAACCUCCGUUCGAUUGCGCCUUACCGAUAACUCACCCCGGCAGAAUGUAACUGCCGGCGGUCGAGGAGAGUGUCCGAUAGCGGAGGGAAGCAGCCUUUGUACGACGAAAUAACCUCGAAUCCAUUUCCAGGAUUUGAGUCGAUGUAACUCUUCGCGGCGAAAAUGGUUGAGUGUGGUGAGGCAAUAAAGCCAGAGUGCAGGCAUUCGGACAAGCAUGGUCAAUAACGUCCAAGAUCGGGCGGCGGUCGGGAAGGGAGGCCGCCUGACCCACCGCGGCCACACAACACCCACUUGGCCUCGUAAACCAGCGGGGGUCACAGCGGGCGACGGAAGGCUUCCCAAGCAGCGUUCCGCCGCGCCGGGCCAGACACACCUCAUCGCUGCACACCCACAACCUUGAUCGCUCCCAGUCUAGUCAUCGGUGACUUAGUCUCGCCGAGUACAAACUUCAAAAAUAUCUGACAUAGAAUGUCACACUAGUCAAUACUAUACGGUGCGUCGACUCACGGUCGUGGAAGACGGUCGCCCCGCGCCUCGCCGCUGGCCGGAGCCGCGGGGCAUCACCACCACACACUAGUCAGGCCGCACGGGGUGGCGGCGAGGGGAUCGACGCCCUGCUAGCGGGGCCGUUUAGGCGCCAGGUGUAGAGGCCAGGUGUUGAACCGUGCACAAAUAAUUAAUAUGAGCUUUAACUUAGUCAUUUUUAUAAGUGUCUGGCCUAGCUUGCAAGUGUAGAGGGAGCCCGCGCGAGGGCCACGAGGACUCGGGGCCUCCUGACGCAGGCGAGGCGCGGGGCUCCUCACCUGAGCACCGCCUGCCAGCAGUCACAAUAAAUACUCUGCCUUUCUCGGAUAAGAAAUUAUUUUAUAUGUAUAUUAUUUGUCUUAUUUAUUGACUAUGUAUAAACCCACUGUGAAUAAUAUUAACGGACCUGUUGAGAAUGCCAGUAGUGGAGUGUUGCAACUAGCUUACUGGAGCUGCAUUUUAUACCAGAUUCCUUCAGGGAUCACGAUACUCUUUACGACACCAGACAGACCGCCGCCGCCCUCCUUCCCAGCCUCGGCACCUGCCAUACCAGUCAAUAUUUCAGCAUCAUUCAGUGACGGUGUUCCUGUCAUGCAAAACACAGAGCAGCACCACGCCCCUCCCUGGCUCGGGUGAGUGUUUGGACGUCACUAAGUAAUAAUAUCACACUGAAUAGCCAAAUUAUGGCUUUAUCAAAGGGCAGGCCGGCAGCCCAGCCUCCCCGCACACUGUCGGGGGGCGCCGUGCCGCCGGCAGCCAAGAGUUGUAGAGGGCGGCGUCCCGCAGGUCUGGCCAUAACACCUUCCCUUCAUCACUUGACGGAGGGAAAACAGUAACACGAUCACUCCACCUCUCAGACCACUUUUUUCUUUGCCACUACUUUUAUUGUCAUAAUUUCUUUACCGAGUCAUCGCAACACGCCGCUGUCGUCGCCACCUGGGCCGCCUGCCAUCCUGGGCAGCUUGACUCUCUCUCACCAAAGUCAUGCUCUCAUUUCUCCUUCACGUUUUCUCUUCCGCAAGUCUUGUUUUCCUUGCUUGCAUUUCUUUUGCAUACAUUUUCCAUUAGUCACAGUUCUGAGUCUUUCUUCUAUAAAAGAAAAUUAUCAAAGAACGGGUUUAAUUUUCACUUUUACUCAUUUCCCUUCAGGGCAAGCAAUUCUUUGCCUUAAGAUUACUUUAUAUUUCCUCUCUCCCGUCACAUAGAGAAAACACUUUUGUAGCAUUGAAACUGUAGCACACUUCCUUCCUCCUCUCUACCGUCCUAUUUUGGCGCCUCUGUUUCCGUCACAGCAGGCCCCCACCGGGCCUAGCAGAUCCACCUCCACUAUGGGGAGGGAUUUUUACACCCUGUGCCUUACUCCACCGAAAAAAGAAAACGAACAAAAGGAAAAUAAACCGAAGACUGCUUUCCUUAUACUUUGUUGCUUUCCAGUGCAUUAAUUUAGCUUUUUUUAAAGUUUAUUUUGCUAUUAAAAAAUCUUCCGUUUUGUUCUCUUCCCCCUUUCUCGUACCCCGACUUAACUCUUCUUCCCCUUUCUCUUUCUCCUCCUCUUCUUCCGCGGUCCAAGAAGGCGCCGCGGCCCAGGAGUCGACGCCGUUCAUGUAUAAAGCCACGAAGCCAGCCAGCCGUUCCUCCCUUCAGUUAGGAGGCGCCCACCAGCGGCCUUCGAGUUGCGUGCGAAGCGAGGCUGACGGAGGUAACACACACACACUCACACACAAACACAGAACGCAACAAACACAUACACAUCAGCCCGCCACGCCUCCAUCAUCUCUUUUUUGUGUCUAGAAGUAAAGAUCCUGUUUCAGCCUACUCCUCUCUCUCUCUCUCUCUCUCUCUCUCUCUCUCUCUCUCUCUCUCUCUCUCUCUCUCUCUCUCUCUCUCUCUCUCUCUCUCUCUCUCUCUCUCUCUCUCUCUCUCUCUCUCUCUCUCUCUCUCUCUCUCUCAUCCUUCCAUCCCGCCAUCCUUCCAUCCCUCAUCCAGAUUCCUCCCUUCGCGGCGUUUCCAAGCAGGUGCAAUUAUUGUUGCGUUCAAAUGUACUUCUCCAAUAAACACACACACACACACACACACACACACACACACACACACACACACACACACACACACACACACACACACACACACACACACACACACACACACACACAUUAAGACCUUUCCUUGUGAACGCCGCCACUACUUUCGUCUCCAGAAAACCUUUCCAGAAUACAAGAAAUCUUCCUUCACUCUUCCACAUCCUUUCCUUCCCACCAUCCACUCACUCCACUCCAAGAAUCCUUCACCACCCAUUCUCCAUCAGCCACUCUUCACACCACAUCACUAUUUAUCCCUCCACUUUUAUCCACAUCACGCUGACCCAUUCCUGCCCUCUCCUCCACUCUAUAAACCAUAUCUCCACCUCACUUUCUCUCCACUCACCCUCCACAUCUCCUCCACGUGGGUGCCUCGCCUGGCUAAUGGUAAUCUGCUGUUUAAUUUCUCGUCAUGUGGAUACACGACAAAUUUUUCGUCUCCAGUGCUCGCCUGUUAAUGGGUUAAUGGAUUUGUUUACCAUCUCACUCUCACAUCUGUUCACCUGCUUUACCUGAUUAGUCUCCCUUCCGUUCCCUUCCCCUCCACGUGACAUUUUCAUGCCUCCCCAACACACCCUCACUCACACAGGUAACUCGCCCCCAUCUCUUCUGCUACUUAUUGUAUGUAAUCGUUCGCCUUUCCUCCAAGAAUACCGCCAUACAUAUCUUCAGGUAAUUCAUGUUUCUAGUAACGAGAACUUGUACAAUUUUUUAGUCAGUUAUUAUCAUUAUUAUCAUUAUCAUUAUUAUUAUUAUUAUUAUAUUAUUAUUAUAAGUGAAGGUGUUUUCUAAUAAAUGUAUGAUGAUGAUUAUGAAGACUACCUGUUAUCAUUGCUACUAUUAUUAUUGUCAUUAUUAUUAUUAUGUGUUUUUUUUUUCUAAUACUUAAGUGAACCUUCAAAAGGACCUCACCCAUUUACGGUUUUCUUUAAUACUCAAGUUAUAAGUAUACUGUGUACGAAGUGUCUGAAUUAACAUGCUGUGUAUUAUUCCUUUGCCAUUCCGUUGUGGUCGUUACGCAUUCUCAUGUUUAUCGUAAGUCUCAUUAGUCACGCAUUCAUCAUUUAAUUUCCCUCAUACAUCUUAUUUUUAAGGUUAACUCAGGUUAGUGUUGUUCAUUCCUUCAUUCAUUAUUCCUUUGUCCAGAUUCGCGGCAUUAUGUUAUUCACGUGUUUACUCUGCCUUAAAGGUUCUUCACGACUCAUCCAUUGCCUCCUUCAUUAUUCAUUUCCGUGUAUAAAUUUGCCACUCAACAGUCAAGCACUCCAGGCAGUAAGGCAGCCUUGUGUCACCACCACUACCGUCACCACCACCACCACCACCACUACACCACCACCACUACCACCACCAACACCACUACCAAGAAACUAACCUUCUACUCCCUCAUAAACCUCCACCUCCUCUUCCUCCUCUUCUUUCUCCUCCUCCUCCUCCUCCUCCUCCUCCUCCUCCUCCUCAUACUCCCUCCCUCCUCCUCCUCUUCUCCUUUAUCCUUCUCCUCCCCUUACCUCAAUUUUCCACCCCACUCCAUCCGAUACCUCCAGGUCACACACAGACACACACACAGACACACAGACACACACACACACACACACACACACACACACACACACACACACACACACACACACUCCCCCACUCACUCGGUGUCACCCCUCCCCUCCACCACACCACCACCACCACCACCACCACCACCACGCCUCCACUUGAAAAUAUUUAAUAACCAGACCUUCUGUUCGGACAUCCAUCAGUGUUUCCGGUGUAGGCUGUUUAUAGCAGAACCAUAAUGAAUUGUUGGUUACUAAAUAAAAACUUUUUUUGUAAAUAU